AUGACUACAUGCUCAGCGGAGACAGUCCCGCCAAUGCCCGGCAGAGAGUCGUGGUCCAGGACUGCUUGUACAGCCCCGAAAAUGGCCUCGAAGAAGUGCGGCGAUUCUAUGAAGAGACGACUACCAAACUCAUUCGUCAGAACAGUCGCAAAGAUUGGCAACUCGUACCAAGUGGACGUGGUGAAAGAAAACCUUGCGCAUUCGGCAUUCGUCGGUCGCUUCUUUGCUAUCCCGCUGAAGAGCAAUGGCGGAGGGUCCAACAGUUAUACAGAGGAAUCGCUGGCCGAUGCGCUCGGCCAUCUCUUCGGUUACGUCUUCCUCGACUUGGACACAGCAAAGUCAUUCAAGAACCGCACCGUGGCGGCCAAGGAAACGAAGCGACUAGGGGAGGUGAUGCAGCAGACAGUUGCUGACAUUAAAUCAAGACAUUUUCCCUCACUGAAACAGAUUUUUAGCAUGCAAUCCGCCGACACAACCCUGAGCAGCUAUGGCGACCAACUAGUCGAGAGACUACUUGAUGGCGGACGAGGUGUCGAUGACACUGUCUGGACAAUUAUCCCCACUGCUGCUGCCGCAUCUGCUACUCAGACCCAGGGGUGGGCUCAGAUGAUUGACCUGUACUUGUCGGACAAGUACUACUCGCACUGGCCUGAGAUCAAGGAGCUCGCACUGUCUGACGAGCCGGAGGCCUUCGAGAAGCUCAAGAAGUACGCUCUAGAAGGGUAUGGUUCUCACCACUCACACCGUCUAAGAGGUCCCAUCCUGAUCAAGAGGAACAGAUUCCGUUUAUCCACACCAGCUUUCGGCUUGAUUCGCGUCACAGGUGCUGACAAAAUAGACGUGCAAGACGGCCCCGAUGUCGUGUCUGUCAAAAGCGGAGACACAGUAUUCACCAAUUUUAUCACUGCCGGUCUUGAUCCUUCCAAGUUCCCUGAUCCGUACUAA